CAAACUAAGAACACGCUUUCACGAGAUCCAAUUGCCAACUCUUCCAAAUUUCUGCUUCACCGACACUGCCCUCCGCGGCGGUACAUUUCCACUCUACCUGCAAAUCCGUAGCGAGACCAGCGGAGCAAUCUCAGGCGUUUGCGGGAGCCAAAAAUCCGCAGGCGGCUGCGCGUGGCAUCGGAUAUUCGUCGUAAUAGCUCAGAUGUCCAAUGAUGUUGAAAACCGUAAGGAUGGAAGUGCAUUGUCUAAUGCUCAAUCAAGCCCCCCUGGACCAAUAGCAUCUUGGUAUAGCAGCUUCCUCCAGCAAGCCUCGGUUUAUGGAGUUGCGGCUGGUUAUUGCAUUUCUGCUUCAUUACUAUCAAUCAUCAAUAAAUGGGCAGUUAUGAAAUUUCCAUACCCUGGAGCUUUAACCGCGUUGCAGUACUUCACCAGUGCUGUUGGAGUUCUAAUCUGUGGGUGGCUUAAGUUGGUUGAGCAUGAUAAGCUUGAUCUUCUUACUAUGUGGCAGUUUUUGCCUGCUGCAGUUAUAUUCUAUUUGUCUCUAUUCACCAACAGUGAGCUCCUUCUUCAUGCCAAUGUAGAUACCUUUAUAGUUUUCCGCUCAGCAGUCCCCAUAUUUGUUGCAAUUGGUGAGACCCUAUAUUUGCACCAGCCUUGGCCAGCACUAAAGACAUGGUUUUCACUCGCUACUAUAUUUGCUGGCAGUGUGCUUUAUGUCAUUACCGAUUAUCAAUUCACUCUGACAGCUUACAGCUGGGCUUUGGCAUACUUAGUGAGCAUGUCCAUAGAUUUUGUUUACAUCAAGCAUGUUGUCAUGACUAUUGGUUUAAACACAUGGGGUCUUGUGUUGUACAACAAUCUUGAGGCUUUGCUGUUGUUUCCUUUGGAGUUGCUUAUAAUGGGAGAGUUGAAGAAGAUAGAGCAUGAGAUUUCAGAUGAGUCAGAUUGGCAUUCGUUCCAGGUGGUUUUGCCUGUGGGAUUGUCAUGCCUUUUUGGUUUGGCAAUCUCCUUCUUCGGAUUCUCUUGCCGUAGGGCCAUUUCAGCUACAGGAUUCACUGUUCUCGGCAUAGUAAACAAGCUACUGACAGUUGUGAUAAAUCUCGUUGUUUGGGACAAACACUCGACUUUCUUGGGAACAGUUGGACUGUUGAUCUGCAUGGGUGGUGGCGUCUUGUAUCAACAAUCUACUAGCAACAAACCUAAACCUCCCAAAGAUAUGAAGGUUCAGGAGACUGAUGAGGAACAACAGAAGCUGCUUGAAUUGCAAAGAAUUGCAGAGAACGGUGGGGAUGACAACCAACUUACAGAAGGUGGAGAAGGAAAAUCAUAGUUCAAUUUUGUGGGAAAUUCCAGUGCAAUUGUUUCUUUUAAUUUUUUUUUUCUUUUGUUUUCUCGUUCCAAGUAUAGUGGGUUGAUGGAGAGUGUAAUUUCCUCAUCCUUACAGUAUAUCAUCCUUAAGGUAGGAAUUAGGCCCUAGCUUUCUCAGGUGCACGAUGAGGAUCCAUGUUACCUAUUCUUUGUUGGUUUCAGAAUCUUUCUAGAAUUGCAUGCCAUUCUUGGAAAUUUUUUUGUUGAAUCGACUUGCCAAGAGAACAAACCUGCUCAUAGUUCGCUAUUGAUAUAGAUAUCAGCUAAGUCAAGGUUGAAGAUAAUGGUAAAAUUCAGCUCUUUUAUAGUUUGCCUUGCAGAGAUACUGCGUGCUCAUGGUCCACUUAAGUGCAGUUGCUACAUCAUCGCAAGCAGCACUAGGAUAAGGUUCACUGCUUUUCUCCAGCUUAAAGGUCCGUAUGCUUCUUUCAAAUUCAUUGUAAUGACAAUGUUACAAGCUCAAGUUUGCCCCUAUAUUGCACGAAGACAUCCUGCGGACAGUGAGGAGCUUCUCGAUCUUGAUAGAUCCACUGAGAAGAGCUUAUACUAACUUGUUAUAGUGCGUGAUUACCAGCUAUUA